AAUGAUGAAAUAAUGAUAAAGCUGAGUUUUAAUGGCAAAAGCAAGUUCUGUGAUGAAACACCCUGUGAUCUCAGAAAUUUAGCUCAGAAAGCCCAUGAGUCCUUCAACAUCACUCAUCAUGAUUUGAGGUUCUCGUAUAAAGACUGAAAUGAAGAGAGAAUCGAGAUUGAGCAUCAAAGAGACCUUAAAUCUGCAUAUAAAUUUACCAAAUUAUGUAAAGUCCCCGUUCUAAAUAUUUUAAUUGAAAGUGGUCACACAAACAUAAAGAAGGAAGAUACAACUCCAGUGCCGCUAUCUGAGAUAAACUCAAAUCAGCUUGCAGCUAGAAGGAGUGAUGAAUUGCAAACUCCUCAAAAACUCCCAAUUUCUGAACUAAAAUCUGAAACUCCCCAGCUACCGAAAAUUAAUGAAAAACCGUUGAUUGAGUUUGAAGGAUUCAUAUACAAAUUAUCUGGGAAAUCAAACGAUACAGUCUAUUACAAAUGUGAGGACUCCAAGACUCUCAAAUGUAGAGGAAUGCUCAAAGUUACCACCCAAAAUUCCCAAGAGAAGAUGUCGCUGUGCAAGCCCCACUCAGUCGAUAUUAAGGAGCAUUCCUUCUUCCAAAAAUGAUUCGAGGAUGAGAACCAAGCGAGAAAAGACAAAAAACGAUUGAAAAAGUUGGAAAAACAAAAGAAAAUAAAAGAAGAACGGCUAAAAGAAGAGCUAGUCUUAGCUGAAACUCUGAACCAGAUGAGGAAGGAUGGAGAGCCAGUUGAUGACGAUGGCAAUUUGUUCAAAGCUCCACAGAAAAAGGAUCUAAUCAACCAGAUCACUGCCUUUCAGGAGACAGAAGACCAUUGAGAUGAAGAUACCUGACUUAUCGAUAUCCAAAUGAUCAUUGAUGAGUGUUAUAAGGAAGAUCCGAGCUCUAAUAGAGUUCAAGUGCUUGCUAAUAUCGCCCAAAUACCAAAAAUGGUCCCAAUUUUGAACAAAAAGAUGGUUCUUAUAGAGAAAUUUCUUGAUGAAGCAGAGCGAAAAGGCAAAGAUAGAGUAAAGAGGACAAUGAACAGACCAUUUUUGGCUGCCCAAGUUUGUCCAAGCAUCUUAGAUGCUCAAAAAUCAAAGAAAGAGAUAGUUAAUCCUUAUUAUAAGAAGCAUAAAUUAAAGGCAAAUAUAAUGGUUCCAGUAAUUCCAAGGUCUACAAUAGCUCGUUCAAGCCCCCACAUGGAUUUAUCUAACAUUAAAUCAUACUCAGGGACCGUAUUUGGGAGAGCAUAUCAUGAGAUUCCAAUCAAAGGCCACAUGAGGAAAUUCAUGUUCCUUGUAUCUGAUUUUGAAGUCAAAAUGCUCAGGACAAAUCUUAGUGAGAAAUCGCAAAAAAAUGAUGAUAGAUAUAACCUGAAAAUUCGAUCCCUCCAUAUGAGAGUUUUCAACACUUGUAAAUCUCCUUUACUUUGACAAAAAAUGAAGUUUCUUCAUGCCGAUAGGCCAUAUCCUUAUAGAAAAACCUGAUGCAGAAAGUUUCUACAUCUGCUUUGAUUGGUUCAAGAAUGACUUCGGACAAAAUUUUAAGCCAGAGAUAAUAGGAAUUGACACUAAUAUGGAGCUCUCGACUGCUGUUCAAGCUGCAUUCCCAUCAGCAUUUAUAUUCACAACCCACCUAGACUUCACCAGACAACUGUGGAAAAUGAUUUUUGACCAUGACAUGGUAAUCGACCACCAAAUAACUCCUGAGGUUUCCCACCUAGUAUGCUGAAUUCAAGCUAUUUCAUUUUUGCCACCAUUUAAGGCAAAGGCUCAAAUAGAAAACCUCAAAUCUCAUUUUUCAAGCAAAAUCCCUGAAGAGCUUAUGCCAGCUUUUCAAAAAUUCAUAGAAAAUUUUACCAAUUUAUACGGCAAUUCGUUCACUAAUGUUGAAAGCUGGAACCAGAGCAUUCUGUACCUUAAGCAUCGGGACUUGUUAAUAAGUAUCUUUAAAAGUAAGGAAAUUUGCAUGAAUGAAGUCAUCAAAGCAACAAAUUGGACCAAGAACAAAGGAAGAAACGUUCUUUUAAUGAUAGAAACCGCCAGAAGGAUAGAGAGAGGUCUCAAAAGUAAGCAUUCCAGGAUCCAAGCCCCUGAGGGUAAGUUUGACCCAAUCCUUCCUUUCACUAAAAUAUUUGAAAAGAUCAUUAAACUCAAUAUCAAGGAUUUUGUUGAUUCCAAAAUAACUCCACCCAAAGAUACACUUGCUGACUGGAGUAAGGUAAAAUAUCUCCGCAUCACAGACCCACCAGUUAUCAAAGAUAAGUUAGGGCAUAAUAUGAAGAUGACGGAUUGAUUCCAAACGAGGAAGAACAAACUCCGGCUUAGAAAACUUAAACGGAAACAAAAAUACCCUCCAAAAAGGUCAAAUAUUCCUGAACUAACUUUCAACUCAGAAGUUGUUCAGAAUGAUUUCACAACUCCUGCAGGGCAAUGAGUUGCAACCAUUGAUAACUCUGUAAACCAAGUUGUGGAGCGGGAGACUGACUACAUUGCAGAGAGGCAGGGCCUCACCUCUCACGACAUAUAUUCAGAAGAUAGCGAUGAAUUAAGAGAAGAGCAUCACCGAAAUAUGGCACUUCAAACCUUAGCUCAACGAAUGCUUGGAAAGUCUAAAUAAAUAGAAUAUUUAUAAUCUUUAAGAAACACAUGAUUAUAAUAAAUAUUU